AUGUCUCUCCAGGUGACUGGAAUCAACGGCUUCCUCGGUGCCCAUAUCGUCGACCAGCUGGUCAAGGCCGGGUACCGCGUCCGAGGAACGGUCCGUUCUGUCAAGGUCGCUGCUGUCCAGAGCAACAACGCCAUUUAUGGUGCCGACGUCGAAGUCAUCGGCGCCGAUGACCUUGCCUUCGGCGACUUUGCGGAUGCUCUCAAGGGCGUCAGCGGUGUCAUUCACGCGGCAGCUCCCUUGAUUGGAAAUGACACGCCCGAGAAUGCUCUCACUGCCUCGAUCGAAGGCGCCGCCAAUAUCCUCCGCCAGACCGAGAAGGCUGGCAUCAAGCAUUUCGUGCUCGUGAGCAGCAUCCUCACCGUCAGGCUCCUCGGGGACUCUUCCCCGACCUGGACGGAGGAUGACUGGGUCCCGACCAGCAGGGAGCAGGCCCUCGCCAGCAACGAUCCGACCUUCGUCUACGUCUCGGAGAAGGUCCUCGCCGAGCAAGCUGUCUGGGAGUUCGCCGAGAAACACCCCAACAUCGAUGUCACCACCGUCAACCCGCCGUUCUUCAUCGGGCCCUUCGCGCCCAACUACCGCUUCACAGACGCGCUCAUCCGCGAGAUGAGCACCAACGGGCUCCUCUACCAGCUCCUGAACCCCGCCGGCACCUUCUUCGCGCCGCUCCUGCUCUCCAUCGACGUGCGCGACGUCGCGCGCGCGACCGUGCACGCGCUCGCCGCGCCCCCAGCGGAGAAGCGCAAGCGCCUGCUCUUCAUCCCGCACUCCGUCAGCUGGAAGCAGGCGGCGGAGCUCAUUGCGGAGGCGCGCCCGCAGCUCAAGGCGCGCCUAUCGAAGGCGGCGCAGGAGGAGGGCAAGUACCCGCACCCGGCGCCGCCGACCCCGGUCGAUAAUGCAAAGGCGAUUGGGGUGCUAAGGCUGGGGCAGGUGAACGACUGGAAGACGGCGAUACUCGGCGGCGUGGACUCGCUUCUUGAGGUGGAGGCUGAGUUCGCGAAGGAGGGCAAGACCUUCCACUAG